AUGCCGCGUCCACGGCGGAAAUCAAGCGGCCUUGGAGCUGAUCCUCGGGGCGAUACGGGGGCUUCAGCUUUCUCCACCCUCGAGCCUACGCCGACCUUCAACUCUCCCCCUUUGACACCACGUAACUCUCUAACCAAAUCUGCCCGCCCUUUUUCCAAACGACGGAAAGCGAAGUCUGUCCUGCGGCGAUGGAGAGCGUUCUCUUUUCGGCAUACAUGGAUCAACCCUCUCAUCGUCAUGGCCCUCAUCCUCUCCGCCUAUGCCAUCAAUCCGAACCCUUCAAACCCUCUUCAUAACGCCAUCUUUCUGUCUUACCCUCUCCCAUCCGACCACCAUCUCAUGACCUACCACGCCCAACGUGACGCCGGUAUAACCUACUACGGCAAAGGGCCCAAAGACUUCGCUUUUGUGGCCUUCUACAUUGUUGUUCUCUCUUUUACCCGCGAAUUCCUCAUGCAGCGACUCGUUCGUCCGAUGGCCUUGUAUUACGGAAUCCGUUCGCGCUCAAAGCAGAACCGCUUCAUGGAACAAGUCUACACUGCUAUGUACUUUGCGGUAUUUGGACCACUGGGGCUCUAUGUAAUGAGCCGGACUCCCGUGUGGUAUUUCAAUACGGCGGGUAUGUUCGAAGGAUAUCCGCACAGAAGCCAUGACGGCUUUUUUAAGGCGUACUAUUUGCUGCAGGCCAGCUAUUGGGCGCAGCAAGCUAUUGUGUUAUGUCUACAAUUGGAAAAACCAAGAAAAGAUUUCAGAGAGCUAGUUGGACAUCACAUUGUGACCCUGGCGUUGAUCGGGUUGAGUUACAGGUUCCAUUUCACAUACAUGGGGGUGGCAGUUUAUAUCACGCAUGACAUUAGCGAUUUCUUCCUCGCGACCUCGAAAACUCUCAACUACAUCAAAUCACCACUAAUUGUCCCGUACUUCUCCCUCUUCAUCGCCAUCUGGACCUACCUACGACACUACAUCAACCUCGUGAUUCUGUAUGCCACACUCACAGAAUUCCGCACCGUUGGCCCUUUCGAGCUCGACUGGGAAACCCAGCAGUACAAAUGCUGGAUUAGUCAGUACAUUACGUUCGCGCUGCUCGCUAGCUUGCAAAGUAUAAAUAUGUUCUGGCUGUUUUUCAUCGCAAGAAUUGCUUACAACAUCGCUUUUGCCAAGGUCAUACAGGAUGUCCGAAGUGAUGACGAAGAGUCGGAAGAAGAGAAGGAGAGUGAGGGUGGGCAGGUCGGUACAGCUGGGCGUAGGGCGAAGGAGAAGAAAGCGAACGGCAGCAUAGUGAAUGGCAAAGCGCCGGAGCCCAAUACUGAAGCUGUGGUCGAAAAGAAGAAGGAGAGGUGA